UAGAAGAGAAAAAGUUGAGAAUUUAGGUAACUAGAUAUAUAUACAUGGGAAACAGUUCUUUCAACUUUCUUUGAUACCAGAAAGAACAAUUUGAUAUGAUCAUGUUUUUAUUAAAUAGCUUCUCUUUUUUUUUUGGGGGGGGGGCAUUAGGCCUACUUUGUAAAGAGAUUAGAACAAGGGCCAGUGAAGAACUUCAAGUGCGGGAAAUAGAAAGAGGCUUCGAAAAACGAGCGUGAGUCACACAGACGCAGCCUCCGCCAUUCAGUGGAGCUAUAUUCAAUCGAAGAUUGUAUUGCACUGGAUAUCGAUAGGUCGUGCUUCUAAUUCAAGUGUGACUGAUUAUAGUGUGUUGUUACUGAGCAUUUACAAUGGAUGAACAAUACAAACCAUAGCGAGGGUUCAUUCUGAACAGAUGAUGCACUGCUUGUUCGUUCGUUCAUUCAUUCAUUUAUUUCCGAAGGUUAGCGAAAUAUAGAUCCUGUUUUGGGUUUUCCGUCAAUUUGGUGCAACACUACAGAGAUAUUGAACUUCAUGUAUUUGAUGUUUUGUUUGGGAUAGGCCGACGAAAGACCACCAGCAAGAUAAGAUGGAAGAGUCAGCACCAAACUCAAGGCAUGAAAGCAGUAGGCUCAAAUCGGACGAGCAGACGACGUCGAAUUCGAAAGAAAUUGUGACGUCAUGUGGAUGGUGUGAUUGGCGCCCUCGAUGGCUUCAACGAUUUAAUUCUCAACGUUGGCUUCUGGCUUCAUUGAGUGGAGCUGCUUUCAUGACGCUCAUGAUCGAGGAUGGGUUUACAAAUAGUGCUAUCACAUCUAUCGAGAGACGGUUCCAGCUGCGCAGUCGAGAUAUUGGUACUUUACUGAGCAUCUAUGAAUUCACCGUCAUCAUCUCGAUGAUACCAGUUACAUACUUCGGUGGGCGUGGCAAUAAGCCACGUUGGAUUUCGAUUGGUUGCUUUCUAGUGGGCAUGGCUUCACUACUUUUUGCCCUGCCCCAUUUUACCACAGAAAGAUACGCCUAUUUUGUCGAAAAAGUCGCCGGACAAACGACGUGCCAACUCCCACAGGCGAACAGUACGUCAACAUCUUCGCCUGAUAGUUGUCAGCGGGGUGGACAGAGCAGUUCGUCAUUAUCGAAAUAUAUUAUUCUCUUUGGAGCAGCCAAAGUUAUAGCGGGAAUAGGGGCAACACCUCCGGGGAGCCUCGGGGUAGUGUUCCUUGAUGAGAGCAUCACGACCAAACAGAAUGGAAUGUACUUAAGUACAUGCUUUACCAUGGCGACCUUUGGUACUGCAAUCGGAUAUCUUCUGGCUGGCUUCUUCCUCAACAUCUACACAGAUAUUGAAAUGCCGCCUGGAGUGUCUGUAUCUCCAUCUGAUCCUGGUUGGGUGGGUGCUUGGUGGUUAGGCUUCAUCGUGGCCGGGUUAGUCAUCAUCAUACUCUCUAUACCCAUCGGACUCUUCCCCAGGGAAUUACCGAAAACUGCUAAAAUCCGAACUGAGAAGCCCGUGGAAUCUCACAAGAACUCUGGCCUUCACAAAGGUGGGCACCCAGGACAGUCUAGCAGCGAGUCGUCUCGUCUGGUCCAGGAGAUCAAGGGUGUGUUGAAGAUUCUGAAACACCUGGCUAUCAACCCUACCUAUGUCUUCACUGUAUGUUCUACCGUCCCCGAUAUCCUCCUCAUCAACUCCUUUGCCGCUUUCUUGCCUAAACUCCUCGAGAAUCAAUUCAUGGUGACAUCAAGCAUGGCUACCAUUAUUACAGGUAUUGCAGUUAUCCCCGGAUCUGUCUUAGGGACGUUUCUAGGAGGAUGGGUGAUGAAGCGAUGGAAACUGAAGGUCCCGGGACUUAUCAAGCUUGCCAUCGUAGGGAGUACCAUCGAGACCAUCGCAUUUCUUGGUGUUUUCAUGCAUUGUCCGCAGGCUCAGAUAGCAGGGGUGACAACCGCGUAUAGCAAUGGAUCUAGUCUUCUCGACUUGACGUCCCCAUGCAACCAAGCCUGUUCAUGUUCUGUCGAUAAGUUUAAGCCAGUGUGUAUGGAAGAAACCGGCAUCAGCUUCUUCAGUCCCUGUCACGCGGGAUGUAGCCAAGAUCUUGGAAAUGGUACGUUUGCUGGUUGCGUCUGUUCUCCAAUGGCUAGCUCUGGAAUUCUUGGUACUGUUCAUCAUGGGAAAUGCUCCACACCUUGUAAUCUCUUACCUGCAUUCAUUGUUAUAAUGAAUAUAGUGUUAGUCGCCAUAUUCAUGGGUAAAGUGCCUCUGAUGAACAUAGUUUUCAGGUGUGUUGCCGAGCAUGAACGACCAGUAGCUCUAGGAAUGAAUUCUGUUGUGGCCAGAACACUUGGCGUCAUUCCAGGCAACAUUUUGUUCGGUGUCAUCAUUGACAGUACAUGUGUACAAUGGCAGGAAACGUGUGGUGAACGAGGUGCAUGCUGGCUGUACAACAACAAAAGCCUGUCCUGGAAACUGGCAAUGCUUGCGCUUGUUUGCAAUCUUCUAACGGUGCUCUUUUAUUCGCUGGCGCUUCGGUUUUACGAACCGGCUCCACACAACGAUUUGGAUACGGAUAAGCCGGAUGUGCCUGAAAUCGAACCGAGCCUUGAUCAUGAAACCAGUAUUUGAAUGAAGUGAAAUUUUACUAUUUUAUAUCAGUGUAA